AUGGCUGGGAAUCAGCAAUACCCACCUGUCUGCACAUACUGGUUUGGCCGUGGCUCUCCUGGCAUAGGCUCAUACACCUGCAGUGCCCUGGGUUACUGGAUGGCUGCACAGUGGAUGCACACAGAUAUGGGCACAUCCACUGCGCUGGGUCAGUGCAGCAACACAUUACCAAACAAAGCUCAGGGACACCCAGAAAGUGCAUCUGGCUUCCUGAACCAAUUCCCCAGCAAUGCAUGGCAUGGAAGUGGCUGGUGCAUUCUCAACCUGUCCAUUCCACGCUGGCUUGGGUGGAUGUUUUCAGACACCAGGAGAGGGUUGCUGACCAGACAAGGCUGGUUGUACUGUCUCUUUUGCCUUCAUAUGGAUCUGUUGCCCUUGGUCACUGAGUGGGAAGGGGGAUGUUGCAGCCAUCCCAGCUGCAACAUCACUAUCCCCCCCAAAGGUCCCUGGCAGAUGAUCAUGCCCAGGGAUAGCAAUGGCAAGAUGCUCCCAGCCCAAAUCGUCUGCCCCUCUUGUUUUGACCACUAUGCAGCCAAGGCAGGCACAGUGUGCUGGCCUGCUGCUGGUGCUGCUGGUGCUGCUGCUGCUGCUGCUGCUGCUGCUGCUGCUGCUGGUGCUGCUGGUGCUGCUGGUGCUGCCCAACCCCCUGGGCCAGCAAUGAACAUGAUCUCCCUGGAGGUUGUACAGGAAAUCUGCCAUCAAAUGUCUGGUGCCCAGUGGAAUAUCUAUCAGGGAGGCAAGUCACCUGUGCAGGCUGUUAGUCCACACUUCAACCACCCCUUUGCUGGUGCAUUUGGAAGUGCAGAUACAGUGCCUGUACCUGCAUAUGCUGGUCAUGUACCAGUGUUCACUGGUCAAGCACCUGCAUAUGCUGGUCCUGUCCCAGCAUUUGCUGGUCACAUACCAGUGUAUCAUGCUGCAAACCAGUUCCCAGGGCUUGCUGCUGGGCCAGAGAUGAUGCAAGUGGAUGUGUCCAUCCAGCAUCUGGUUGAAGGGAAGAGCAAGUCAAGGCAGCUGGGGAAUACAUCAGAGCACCUGAAUAACAUCCCAGCAACUCUACUGGCUUCUGAACUGAAGCAGUAUAUAUUCACCCAACUGCAUUGGAAGAUACAGUGGGAUGGACAUGAGUUUCCUUUCCAGCUGGAUUUCUUCAAGCUGUGUGGACCCAGGUUGGCCAAUUUGGAGAAGAAUCUGACUGUCCCAGCAGUAUACCAGCAAUGCUUCAAGCCACAUGUGAAGAAUGGUGUGACAAUGCUCAUUUUCCAGCCCAACCAUCUGGUUGAAAUCUUCCUCCUGAUCAAGAAGGAGGUCUGGCCAGCUGGGUUGCUACUGGAGCCAAUGCUGCUCAUUCUGGAGCUGCAUCAGCUCCAGGACCAGCAGCAUCCAGCCAAACCAAGCAUCCCCUUGCAAAUGCAAUUCCCCCUCAUCCCACCAAGUGGGUUGCAAGGCAAGAAGAGGAUAGCCCAGACAGCACAGCAAUCAGCCAUGCCUUGCAACACUCUGAUCACUGCAAGCCUGUUCUUGCCGAUCCCAGUCAUAACCUGGCAGGAAUUGAUCACCAGCAGGUUUUUGAUGCAGAUCAACUAUGAAGCUGAUGGUUGUCUGGCAGUCCUGCAAGUGGAUGAACAGGCCAAGAACAUGCUUGGCCAGCCCAGCACCUUCAAGAUGGCACACCUCACACACCUCACUCUGGCCAGCCAGCUGGAGCAUCCAGAGACCUGCAUGGUGCAGGGUGGUCUCUUCCAGUAUGGGAAAGACAGUCCUUCACAGUGUGGAGGACUGGUGACUCUGAUUGAGGAGAAGGUGAUUGGCCAGCUGGUCCAAGAGGGGAAAACCUGGAAGAACUUCAUGAAGUUCAUCUGUAACUCUUCCCCAGUCCUGAGGUUUGUCAAAGGCCCUGCUGGACUGGUUGCACAGUAUCUUUCCUUUUUCCAGCAUAUUCAGUACCAGAAGACCUUUGGCAUGGCAUUCAUUUCAGACUACCAGGAAACCAGGCUCACUGACAAUGCUGAGCAACCCCCAGAUUAUGACGAACUUAUGGGUGCUGUCUUCAGCAAGGGCAACCUGAACACAAGUUUUGAUGAUUUCCCUAUCCUCCACCAGUGCAAUGAAUACUGUCUUGCAUUCAAGCUGAACAACCUGCAAGAAGCUGAGGCCAGCCCUGGCCCAGUAGUAGCACCAAGUGAACGUUCAGAGAGCCUCCUGGAUGUGGAGGACAUUGUUCAGGGUGUGCUUGCUGCUGCUGAAGCAGCAAAGGAGAAUGUGGUCACCAAAGGAGAGCAGCAAGCUGGAAUCCAGGUGCCAGUGAACUUGAUGGCUGGCCCUGCUGGCAGUGAACCUCUGGUACAUGGACUACCAGGAGAACAUCACAGUGAACAUUUGGAAUUGAAGAAGGUGCUUAGAGGAGCUGCUGGCAACUUGCCAGCAGCAUGA